AUGACAAACACCCACCUGACCCCAGCUCUCCAGGUCUCACUUCUCCUCAAGCCACCUGACCCCAGCUCUCCUGGUCUCACCUCUCCUCAAGCCACCUCACCCAGCUCUCCUGGUCUCACCUCUCCUCAAGCCACCUCACCCCAGCUCUCCUGGUCUCACUUCUCCUCAAGCCACCUCACCCCAGCUCUCCUGGUCUCACCUCACCUCAAGCCACCUCACCCCAGCUCUUCUGGUCUCACCUCUCCUCAAGCCACCUCACCCCAGCUCUCCAGCCCACCUCUCCUGGUCUCACCUCACCUCAAGCCACCUCACCCCAGCUCUCCUGGUCUCACCUCACGUCACCUCAAGCCACCUGACCCCACCUCUCCUGGCCUCACCUUCACCUCAAGCCACCUCACCCCACCUCUCCUGUCUCACCUCUCCUCAAGCCACCUCACCCCAGCUCUCCUGGUCUCACCUCACCUCAAGCCACCUCACCAAAUCUUUCCUGGUCUCACCUCACCUCAAGCCACCUCACCCAAGCUCUCCUGCUCUCACCUCACCUCAAGCCACCUCACCCACCUCUCCUGGUCUCACUUCACCCAGCUCUCCUGGUCUCGCCUGUCUUCAGGCCACCUCACCCCAGCUCUCCUUGUCUCACCUCCCACCUCACCUCAGGCCACCUCACCCCACCUAUCCUGGUCUCACCUCUCCUCAAGCCACAUCACCCCACCUCUCCUGGUCUCACCUGACCCCACCUCUCCUGGUCUCACCUCACCUCAAGCCACCUCACCCCACCUCUCCUGGCCUCACCUUUACCUUAAGCCACCUCACCCCACCUCUCUCCUCACACCUUUACCUCAAGCCUCACCCCACCUCUCCUGGUCUCACCUCUCCUCAAGCCACCUCACGCCACCUCUCCUGGUCUCACCUCACCUCAAGCCACCUCACCCAAGCUCUCCUGCUCUCACCUCACCUCAAGCCACCUCACCCACCUCUCCUGGUCUCACCUCACCUCACCCACCUCACCCACCUCCCUGGUCUCACCUCUCCCACCUUCAGGCCACCUCACCCCAGCCACUCCUGGUCUCACCUCACCUCACCUCACCUCACCUCACCUCAGGCCACCUCACCCCAGCUCUCCUGGUCUCACCUCACAUCACCUCAGGCCACCUCACCCCACCUCUCCUGGUGUAA